CUUUGUCAAAAGCCAAAAAAAUGAAAUGCAAUGGUGACAAGAGUUAGUUACAUAAGAUCCGAUAAUGCAAUAUAUGCUUUACAUUUGCUUUUCUUCCCAUUUAUCUGAAUUUUUACAAUUGCAGAGACGAAGUUGUUAGAUUUGGGUUUCGAAAAAAAAAAAUUCGAAGUGUUGAAGUUUCUGAUGAGUUUUAUUGGUUGAUUUGCUGUAAUGGGAGUGUUUAAUUUGAUUGUAGAUGACGACUCGCAUUUUCCUUCAUCAUCCUCUUCAAAAUCUUGGUAAUUUUCUCUUUGGUUAAAGUUUUGUUCAUGAGGAGAAUUGAUCAGUGACGGUUCAGUAACCCUAUCGCUCUCUGUAUUCAGAAACGUAGAGACGAAGAAUCGCUGAGAAGAAGAAGCUGAUUUGGGUUCCUUUUAAUUUGAAAAAAAGUUCAAGUGUUGAGGUUUUGGAUGAUUUUAAGCUGAUUUGCAGAAUGGGAGUGUUCGAUUUCACUGUGAUUCCGAUUCUCGGUGACCCACAUCCUCCUUCAUCACCCUCUUCAAAAUCUUGUCAUAAUAUGAUGGAGAAGGGAUUGAAAUCAAGUCUCAUACUAGCUAAAGAGACGAACAAGAAAAAAGAAAGAAUCAGCAAGUCUAAAGCUACUAGUAGUGCUGCAGCAUCAAUGAAGUUUUGUGUAUGUGCACCCCCAACCCACCCUGACUCAUUCAAAUGUCGUCUUCACCGAGCCACCACUUCAGCUCACCCGAGAACCGUUUCGUCAUCAACGUCAAAGAAGAUUUGCCUAUGUGCACCCGCCACCCACCCUGGCUCAUUCAAGUGUCGCCUUCACCGAGCCACCACUUCAUCUCACACUGUUUCAUCGCCUGCUCAUCACAUAAAUGGCGUCAAAGGCACCAAAAACUUGAAUGCCUUAAAACUGGUCACGUCUUCACAAAGUGGCGGAGUAAGAAAUUCUAGCAAGGGGAAUGUUCAUGGAAAGCCUAAACUAUCGAGAUUCGGUAGGGCUGCUCUUACUCAUGCUGCUGCUGCUGCAACUUCUAGUGUACUAAUCCAACCAAUUUCUGCAGAAUUUGGACAAAUGAGUCUUAGUUAGAGGAGCCAAGCGAUGGACAAACAAGAAAAAGAAAAAACUCAAGAUCAAGAUUCUGCUUUUUAAAGAAGUUACUUGAACUAGAUCUUGCUUACUUGCUCUGUAAAGUUUCAAUUUGGUAAAUACCAAAAGAAAAUAUAUGACAACUAUGUAACUGUAAAUAUCUUUUUCUCUUUACUUGGGAAUGGCUUUGUAAAUAGAGACAUAGUCAAGAAGUACUCCUGCAGCUACACUCAAGUUUUUAGUACUGAGAGUGUCUUGUUUGUUAUCAAUGCUUGUGUUAACUUGACUGCAAAUAUCCAUAUGUUACUAUUUC